CAUCAAUGAGUGUGUUUUAUUAUCUCUAUUUAUGUGGUACUAUGUAUUAAAUUGAAAAUAUAAUAUUGAAAAUUUUACACUUUUUGUUUUUUUGAUUUCUGUAUCUAUUUGUUACUUUGUAUGCCAAUGUUCACAAUUGUUUCAUUUGUUUUAGAAGUUACUAGAGUCGUUUAAAAAUUUUUAUUAAUUACUGUUUGUUAAAAUUUUAAGUAUAACUACAAUGUCUAAACAGGUAGAAGUGGUGAAUUUGAAAUCAUAUCCUCAUCACAACAUGUUAAGUUAUUGUGAAAAUCGACCUAAGUAUAGGCAGGGACGAAAACUAACAGCGAUUAAGGUUUAUACGGUGAAUGAUGAAUCACAGCAUUUAAUUAUCAGAGGUGUACCAUCUAUAGAUUUGCAUGAUGAAGUAAAAAAAUUAUGUCAACGUUAUGGAAAUGUAUUAAAUAUUCGACAAGUGCAAUUUGAAGAUCAAGAAGAAUUCACUCAUAGUUUUCAUGUCACAUUUGCUCGAAUACAGGCUGCAAGAUUUGGUAAGAAACAAAUGGAUACAAAAAAUUUCUUUGGUGGCAUUUUACAUGUUUGCUAUGCUCCUGAACUUGAAACCAUAGAACAAACAAGAUACAAGUUACAAACUAGAGUAAUAGAAGUUACAAAACAUAUCAAUAAAAUUGUUUUAGAUGUUAACCAUGAAAAAGAGUUAUCUUCUGAGUUAGGAAAAUAUAAUCCUAACAUUUCAUCUCAUUCAAAGUUGCGAAACUGUAAUUCCUAUUCCCAGAAACAAAAUCGAUGGCUUGAAGGUGGUUUAAAAUGUUCUUACAUCGUACCAAAGUCAAAUCUUUUGAACACCAAUUAUGAAACAAUGCAAAAUAAAUUGAAUGUUAUUAAAGAUUCAACUCCAUUUGAUUCAAGAACUUUAAGAUUUGUUCCUAGACAAUUAAGUAUAGGAACAACUUCAAUACCUAAAAUUAAAAAUCCUAACCGCAUAAUUUUUCAUCAUAAAACUAAUAAUAGCUAAG